GAUCAUUUAAAUUUUUAUUGUACAGCCAGCAGCCUUGGAAAUCUGAUCCUUUCUAUUAAGUGCGAGGAGGCAGAUGGCACGGAAUAUUUAAGGAUUAUACUCAGGUCCAAAGUGAAGACGUUGCAUGAAAGGAUCCCCCUGACAGAAUUUAGCAAGAUCCCUAGUAUCCCCCAGAUUGCAAAGUUCUUCUGUGAUGACGCCUCCGGGCUGAAGUUUAACCCAGUUCUGUACCCCAAGGCGUCCCAGAUGAUAGUGUCCUACGAUGAACACGAGGUCAACAAUACGUUCAAGUUCGGCGUGAUCUAUCAGAAGUUCAGGCAGACCCAGGAGGAGGAGUUGUUCGGCAAUAACGAAGAGAGCGCUGCCUUCAAGAGCUUCUUAAGUUUUCUGGGAGACACCAUAACGCUCCAGGACUUCAAAGGUUUUCGAGGGGGUCUGGAUGUCAGCCAUGGGCAGACGGGAGCGGAGUCUGUGUACACGGUGUUCAGGGACAGGGAGAUAAUGUUUCACGUCUCUACCAAGCUGCCUUUCACCGAAGGAGACACGCAACAAGUAAGGGGGACGAGCUUCCUUUGGCACAUUGGCAAUGACAUCGUGGCCAUUAUCUUCCAAGAAGAGAACACGCCGUUCGUCCCGGACAUGAUCGCCUCCAACUUCUUGCACGCUUACAUCGUUGUGCAGGUGGAAAACCCCGAGACAGAUAAGGUGGCGUACAAGGUGUCCGUCACCGCCCGGGAAGACGUCCCCUCCUUCGGCCCGCCCCUGCCGAGCCCACCGGUAUUUCAGAAAGUAAGAGAUGAGAUGGGAAACAUGUUCCGAGCUAUAAAAAAAAAAUCAGUGUGUGUGUCCGAGAUGUUUCCAAGCACGCCUGACCGGACGCGGGCCGCCUUGUUGGACAACCUUCACGAUGAGCUCCAUGGGCACACGCAGGCCAUGCUGGGGCUGGGGCCCGAGGAGGACAAGCUGGAGAACGGGGGUCACGGGGGCUUUCUGGAGUCCUUCAAGGUAAACCCCCGUCCCUUGCCAACGCACAACAGCGGUGAGGUGACCAAGACCACCUUCUCGCCCCCCGUACCAGCAGCCGCUGCCAAGAACCAGUCCAGGAGCCCCAUCAAGCGCCGCUCGGGGCUGUUCCCUCGCCUGCACACGGGCUCCGAGAGCCAGGCGGAGAGCAGGACGAGGUGCGACAGCGUUUCUGGAGCCCAGAAGACACCAGAUUUGGGGCAUUCUUCUCAAGAGAUGAAAUCUGAAACGUCCUCCAACCCCAGCUCCCCCGAAAUCUGCCCCAACAAAGACAGGCCGUUUAUUAAGCUGAAAGAGAACGGGAGGUCGAACAUCUCCCGUUCCUCCUCGAGCACCAGCAGCUUCAGCAGCACAGCGGGGGAGAGCGAGACGCUGGAGGAGUACGACAGCGUGGUAGGCACCAACCCUGCCCCGUGGCGCGCUCGGGACCCCGUGGCGUCCUGCCGCCUCCGGCCCUUGGAUCUAAAGAACAGAAACUCUCCCAGGUCAAACCUGAAGUUUCGCUUCGACAAGCUCAGCCAGGGCAGCUCCAGCACGAGCCACUAGCAGGAGGAGACACCCACCGGCCUGUGAAAGAGAAUUUUUGUUUCAACAAAGGGAAAACUCUUCAACGUCCCGGCCGCGGGCAGCGAGGUGCCCUCACCUCCCGGCUGCACCCCUGCACCGGGAAGAAGCUCUCACCUUGCCGCGGUCUCUGCCCCGCCAGGGACCCAGCCACCUUCCCACCGGGUGAACCCCUUGGCAGCCAGC